GUUGAAGUAAAGCAGCAAGUAAUGCGGCAUCUAACAAAGUAUGGAAAUGUACCAAUGUUUCUGAGUUAUUUAAUGCGUAAAUUGCACUAUAUAUCAUUUUCAACCAUUGCAAUAAACGAAGUAAUAGCCAACAUCUACCACCUUCCCAAACUUCACACCACACCAACUUCAUUCACAACUCAUAACCACAUAGCCACCAUCGAUCUUUCUUUUGGUGGUGAGGAAGAGAAGAUCAAUGAUCAUUUACCUCAUCGAUCAAUGGACGACCCCAACUCACCCCAUCUCAACGCAUCCUUUGCUUUUAGAUCCACAACUCCUCAUCAGAACAACCUCUCCAGAAGCCAUUCUUCUAAAGAAACACCUUUCUCAAACUUUCUUAACUCCCCACCACGCCUCUCUUGCCCUACUCUUUCUCGCAGCCUUCAAAACUCUCCUAUUUCCUCUCCUCUUCAUCCCCAUCACCACUUUUCUCCUCCUUCUCCGACUAAACUCUCGGAUUCUUCUGACCCUCAAACCACUUACCACUGUGCCUCUUCUGUCCUCAGAAACGAUGGCCAGAUCCUCUCCAUCGCCUUCUCCUCAAACGGCUUGGUCUACACCGGCUCCGACUCCAACUUCGUCAGAGUCUGGAAGCUCCCUGAGUUCACCGAAUGCGGCCAGCUCCGGACCAAGGCCUGCAGGGUGGUGGCUCUCGAGGUUUCCAACGACACGGUCUAUGCAGCCUAUGGUGAUGGCAAGAUAAGGGUGUGGAGAAGAACCUGGGAUAAGGUUCUGAAGCAUGUUCGCUUGGCUACCAUCCCUAAGGCCCUCGGCUAUGUCCGCAGCUACAUCGCCGGCAAAGACAAGACAAUGCACAAGGGGAUAAUCACGUCGAUGGCAAUCAACACGGCGGAGGACAUUCUAUACACUGCUUCACUGGACAAAACGGUGAAGGUGUGGCGAAUCUCGGACCUGAAGUGCAUAGAGACCAUAAAGGCGCACCCGGAACCGAUAAACGCGAUGAUCGUGGCUGAUGAUGGGGUCCUGUACACAGCCUCGGAUGAUGCCACAGUGAGGGUUUGGCGCAGAAACUUUUGCAGCCAUGACCAGCCGCAUUCUCUGACGGUAACCCUGCACGCGAAAUACUCACCGGUGAAGGCCCUAACGCUGACCCCAGAUGCUGGAAUUCUGUACGGUGGGUGCACUGAUGGGUACAUACACUUCUGGCUGAAGGGUUGGUUCGCGGGACAGUUACAGUAUGGAGGGUCGAUCCAAGGGCACACCCAUGCAGUGAUGUGUCUGGCGAGUGUGGGGAAAUAUGUGGUUAGUGGUUCGGCUGACUCGACGAGCAGGGUUUGGGGAAGAGAAGGUGAUGGUCAACACACGUGUCUGGCGGUUCUGGUGGGUCACAGAGGACCGAUUCGGUGUGUGACAGCAUUCAUGGGAGGAAGAUUGGUGGAAGAUAAUGAAGAUAGUUGCACCAUUUGCACUGGUAGCCUUGACGGGGUCCUCAAGGUGUGGCGUGUUACUCAUAAGACUCUUAAUAAUCACUCUUCGUCGCCGCCGGGGGCUCCCACCAAGUAUUUUGAACUCUACAAGCAUCUUUGAUCAAUGGAAAAUAUUCUUUUGUUAUCACUCUCUUUUUUUUUUUUUUUCUUUCACCUUUUUACUUUUUCUUUGUAUUCUUCAUGCUUCACACGUCGUAACUUUUAGUUUCAAA